ACCAAACAGGCAUUUCAAUUCAAUCAAAACAGAAGAAAAACAAAACAAGACUAAGAAGAUUUGAUUUUUUUUUCAUUGUUUUUUGCAUUGAAGUAAAGAAAAUGAUAUAAACUAAAAACCACUAAAGUGUAGACAAUGAAGACCGAAUUUGUACCGCGAGUCAAUCAGCUAGAUGCCCUGCAGUUGGAUCGGGAUAUUAUUCGAAUAGUUCGUGAUCAGCUCAUUAGCGCUGCUCAAAGUAUAUCGCCGGGUCUAUUGAAUCGAUUAAAUCCUGAAGUCGAUUUACUCUUGCGAGCAGCCAUUUGGAACUAUUCAGUUCGUUUGCAUUCGGCAACUUUUGGGCAACGAUUAUUAUUCAUUACUUAUGACAAAGAUCAACUUACGAACAAUUACACCAUUUACAAGCAUUUCUUUUUUAAUGUGUUACUUAAAUACAUUCGAGACAAUAUCACAUUCCGCUGGACUGAUCAGCACACUCUGCAGAAAUGUGUAACGUACUGUGAAAAUUUCAUUGUAUUUUCCACGGUGCUGAAUUUUUUCCGGUUCCUCAAUGUGGGCAAACGACCGUCAUUAGUGGAUUAUGCUUUGGGAUUGGAUAAUAUAUCAAUGUACGGCAAUCGGCGACGCGAGAUCGGCUACAGCCAUAUGACACGUGAACUGAUUUGGGGCGGUUUUAUGGAGUUGCUUGGGUUUACGUUACCCCUUAUCAAUUACCACUAUGUCAGGCGAAAGUGUCGGAACGCUGUUAAUUGUGUGAUGAGCAAUAGUACAUCCAAUGCGGAAAAAGACAAAAAACCCAUUUUAAGUGCCAGCACUAGAUGCGCAUACUGUGAUGAGCGACCAACGAUACCCUAUCACAUGGGAUGUACACAUGUAUUCUGUUACUACUGCUUAAGGGGAAACCUUCUGGCCGAUACGCAGUUCGAAUGCCCAACAUGCCAGCAAACGAGUAGCUUUAGUGACCCAUUGUGAUAUUUUCAUGGAACCGGGAAAGGUGUAUUGUGGAUUAGUUUAAAGGUCAAAAUAAACGCGGAUUUUAUUGUUGUUUACAAAUCAUAA